UUUCAUUUCAUCCGUUACACAUUGAACACAGAGACUACUGUUUGUUUCUCUUUGCUUCCAACCAAAGAACCCACCCACCCUCACCCUAACUGUUAUUAUCAGAUCGUCUUUUAGCUUUACGAUUUAUUUUAUCUUAACUGUUAAUUUCUCGAAUCUAAUCUCGUCGUUAUCUGAUUUCCAGUUUUGUCCCUUCGCUCGAGAGUUUUACAUUGUGUUUAGAGUGUGCGAUAAUGGUGGGAGGCGGUAGCAGGAGAGACGAAUCGGUGGUUUUGAACAGCAGUAAUGUGUUCGCAGCGCUGGGAAACUUGAAGAAAAAGAAGAAAUCUUCGGGUAAAGAGCAAGGUUCGUCUAAGAGCAAAGCCAAAACCGCCGAGAAGGAGAAAGAGAAGGAGGUUUUCUGGGCCCCCACGCCGCUCACUGUUAAGUCUUGGGCUGACGUGGAUGAAGAUGAUGACGACGAUUAUUAUGCGACAACCGCGCCGCCUCAAUCGGUUUGGAGUACUGUGGACCUCAGCCCACAGAAGGAGUCACAGGAGAAUCUUGUUGAGGAAAGUGAGAGCGAGGAAGAAGGUCUUGAUGAGGUCGAUGAGGAUGUUGAAGAAGAACAUGAAAAUGAAAAUGAGACAGCAGUAGAAAUUGAGCCAAAAGUUAUGAAGCUUCCUGAAACUCCUUCAGCAGAAAGGCAACUAUCAAAGAAGGAAUUGAAGAAAAAGGGUCUUGAAGAACUUGAUGCUCUUCUUGCUGAGAUGGGAUUGAAAAAGGAAAGCAGUGGCCAAGAUGAAUCUCAUGGUGCUGCCCAAGGGAAGAAAGGAGAAUACAAUGGAGAUGUUGAAAAGAAGGAGGAUGGCCCUGCAGAGAGCAAAAGUGCCAAAAAGAAGAAGAAGAAGGAUAAAUCUGUGAAGGAAGCAAAAGAUUUGUCUCAGGACCGGCCUGAUGGCUCUAACAUUGGUGGUCAGACAGAUGAAACUGCUGGGACAGAGGAGGCUGAUGAUACAUCUGUUGAUGUGAAAGAGCGGCUGAAGAAAGUAGCUCCUAUGAAAAAGAAAAAGUCUAGUAAAGAGAUGGAUGCUGCUGCCCGAGCUGCUGCUGGUGAGGCUGCUGCAAGGAGUGCAAAGCUUGCUGCCGCAAAAAAGAAAGAGAAGAAUCACUACAAUCAGCAGCCGGUGCGGUAAGCCGGCAGAAUCUGUAAUUGUAAUUUCCUUUUUACUUCUCAUAUAUGAACAUGUACUUUCUUUUUGUUCAUUUUAUCAAAUGCAAAAUAAGCAACAGAGUCUGGUUUUCUGAAGGUAACUUUCAACAGAAUUUUAGAGAAAGAAAUUGGUUCUUCAAAUC